AUGCCUUCCUGGAACGACGAGGAAACGAGCUCGGAGGAGGAGUGCGAGGUCGUCAGCAUGGACAUGGGACUGAUGGAGGAACCAGACACCAUUGUGGAGCCCCUUUUCUGUGGCCAACUUGAGCUUUCUGAACCCAAGUGCAUUCUGCACCAAAUGAGGCAUGUUAAGCGUGUUGCUUUUGAAGGCACUGUAACAGGAAGGCGUUUCUAUGGCUGCCCAGUCCAGGCAAAUGGUGUGAAUUGUGGUGUUGUAGAGUGGGUUGAUGGGCCCUGGCCUCCAGUUCUUCAGAGAUGUUUGUCCAAGCUAUGGGAAAUGUUCCAUGACCAGAACUGUGGAAGGGUACUUGACAAGGAAAAGUUCGAGAAGGAGUUGGCCAAGGAUGGUAGGGUGGACAAGAGGGUGUACCAGAAACAAGUGGAGGAGGAAGAACUUGAGAAGAAGAAGGAGUUAGAGGAGAAAGCUAUGUUGGAGGUGCAGAUGGAAAAUCUCAAACUUGCAAAAGAGCAUAGGUGCAUUUUGCAGAGCCAAGCUGAUAUCAUCAAGAACACCAGGAAGGCUAUGAAGGAUGUUGAAGUUGACAGAGAUAUUCUUAGGAAGGAGAAGGAAAAGCUUCAGCUUGUUGUUGCUGAGCUGCUGAAAGAUGGGUAUGGCAGCAAGGAGAGUUAG